UCCCUCUUGAUAGAAACAAAUAUAUAAUAACACAACACACACAAUGAGCAGAGCGUGGGAUCGAAGAUUGCUUGUGUGUUGAAGAAACUCGGGUGCAGCAACACUUAUGUGUUUUGCCGGCUAAUACAGAAAUUAAACUAAUAACUCAACUAUACAUUCGUGGAAAUGAAAAACUGCCUGUUCCAAAUGCUGACUGCUAAGCUGAAUAGGCCAGCUGUACAUAUCUGUAGUACAGAUAAUACAGCUGUAUAUAAGUAAAUACUCUUAAUGCAUUGGUGUUCACCGGCCUUUGGGGGAGGGAAAACGGCAUGCGAAUCAAAAGACGUGGUUUUGUUCAUUUAGUGCUUAGAAAAACGUAUGUUUCUCUGCUUGUUUUUAAAAAAAUCGGACCAACUUUUCUGAUUUGAACUGAAAUUUACAAAACAUGAGUGCUAAAAGGACCUGGAAUGCGCUGUCCAGUGGCUGUGCUGCCAUGCCCGGCGAGAACAGGUUUAAAGUGAGGAGAAGUAGCGGUUCAGACGCGGAGGACGGCGGCGGUGCACCGGGUCUUGGAUUUACACAAACCCAUGCAGACAAAAAUGAUUUGGGACCAGAACGUGUGGAGUUAAAACUUUUAAAAGAAAAGUUAAACAACAAUACCGACAGCAGCUGUGCUUCCCCUAGCAGUAGUGCUAGCCUGUCUAAACACGAACUGGCCUCCGCGAUCGACCAAGCCGUGGAGAGAGCAGUGCAGAUUGCCGUGUCCAAAAUGACCGCUCUUGUCGAGAGAAAAUGCAAAUGCGCCGUUUUGCAAAGCCGGAUGGAGGACCGGGAGCGAGAAUUCGAGAGCGUCCGGUUAAGGUUGGAAGUGGCAGAGAGCGAAUUGAAAACUAUUCGGGGACAUCUGAGCGAUUUGAACGCUGAUAAUAAUAAUAUUAACAACAACAGCAGCGCUACUAAUACUAACAGUCCUAGUACAUUCACAAAACAAGCGUCCACCACCACCACCACCACAGACGACCGCACAAGAAAAUGUAUUGCACGAAACAACCAAGGAAGGAGAGAGAAAGAGGACAAUCCGAAAUCAAUUUGUGCAAGUGAUACGAGUGUUGCACAGUGUGUACCUACCAAGAAAAGACCACACUAUACAAUUAGUAGUACACCUGCCCGGUUCGUGCGAGCUGCUGUCACACCAGCGACAGGUUUGCAAGGUUUAACAACUCAGCCAUCAGAACCACAAACGAACCACGACGUAUUCAGUACCGACCCGAACAGAACUCCGCACUGGAACCAGCGCACUGAGAGUGGUGGCGAGCAAACGGGACAAGAGGGCUCGACCGGUACACGACGCACAGACUUGGGGUCUCUGCACAUCAUUGAAGUCUCGGGGCUGGACUCUGUGCACAUCAAGGAAGAGGAGGAGGCUGUGGAGGGGCUGGGGGGAUACCCAGAGUGUGAAGCUGUGUACCUGGGGCAGGAGAGCAGCAGAGAGGGGGAGAGUACAGGGUCCACCGCUGCAGGUAUAACAGUGUUUCUGGACUCCCUCUGUGGCUUGGAGCUCGAUGCAGUGGGAGGCUUCCUCAAGCAGUCCCUGCAGUAUGUCGCCCAGAGACAGACCCACAUUCGCCCCGCCCAGUCCUGCCAGAGCCCCUGGACCAGCCGGCAGCAGCAACCGGGGUUCAACGAGAUGAAGGCCCCUCUGAUGGCCGGCCGCUCGGAUCUCCUGAGCAGUGUGCUGGUGAACCCGGGUCAGCUGCGGGAGGCUGUGAAGAAGGCAGUACAGUUCCAGUCCAAGGAGGGGCAGCGCUACCUGCUCAACAAGCUGCUGGGGAUGGUCUUCAGCAAGGAGGAGCUGGCGCAGGCCGAGGGGGUCAAAGACUUCAGCAAGGCGCUGGACCCGCGAAAGCAGGAGGCCAUCAAAGAGUUCCUUCACGCCACAGCAGUGCAGUACGGCAUGGAGGAGCUGCUGCAGGGGGAGUACCGCAAGGUGGUUCAGAACAAAAUGGGCAACAGCCGCAGAGACCUGAAGAAACCGUACCUGAGCACAGCUGAGCGGAGCUGUACGAGAGACAGUGUCCUGGGAGAGACUGCAUGAGAUCAACACUGCAGCCCUGGCAGAGAGGAGCAAAACGAGAGAGUCUGCCUGAGAUCAAUACUGCAACCCUAGCAGAGCAACACGAGAGAGACUGCCUGAGAUCAACACUGCAGCCCUAGCAGAGCAACACGA